AAGCGCUACGUUCACGACGGCGUUAGCGUAGCGUUGACGCGAAGCAUCGUGUCCGUCUGAAUCUUCGAAGUAAAUUGUUGUGUAAGUUCCGAAUACACCGACAGCAGACGACACAACUCGCAGUGAAAUAAUCGUGCGGCGGCUGUGCGGUAUUAUAAACGCGAGAGAAACCAGAGCGAUGAGGACGGUAAUUCGAAAAGGGUGACGGCCGCGUUCGUUUAGUUUCGUUUUGUUCGCGGGCAUGUAGUAGUAAUACACAAUACACAACACAGAGAGACGCAAGAAAGUGGGGGGGAAGUUCGGUGCCUCUGCGUUUUCGAUACGCUUCCGAAAACAAGUUCGAAUCGGGGGAAACUUGCGCACUCUCGUUGUUGACUGUCGUUGCUCCAGAAUUUCUGUGUGACGUACCCCGUGCACUGACACACGCAUUAUGAACAAGCUUUCUCUACUUAAAUGUUAUGUCAGCAUGCAUACGAUUGUUGUUCAUCUGAUCUGAUUUUGUUAUCUUUCGCGCGAAUGGUGCGCUACACUGGGGAUUUGUCGGACGAAGAGUAGAGAAGUUUUAUAGUAACGAAAUGACAAUGAGUAAUGGAAACAGAAUAAACUUGGACCAGAUACACAGUGGUUUCAUUGAUAUAUCGGAAAAUUAUAAAAGUCAAGAAUUUCUAGGUAGUUUAUCUUUGGAAAUUAAAUCUUCGGAUGAUGUAUUUCCAUGGCUUAUUAAAUUCAAUAAAAUGAUGUCUUCAUGCGUAGGAAGUAGAAGUUCUCAGGUGUUAGAACACUUACUUUCUCUUUAUAUACAAAAUAUUGUAACCAGUAUAAACACGCACUGUGGAAAAGCAUUUGAUACAAUGAAAUUAAAAAGUCAUAUAAGUAGUACCUUAACAUUUUUUCAUCUCUAUUGGAAUGAUAUUAAAGAGUUUGUAGAUGAUUGUGAUUCAUACUUAAAUGCAAUGUCAGCAUUGUUAAGUAUAUAUGUAGACAUGGAACUUAAGACUUUUAGAAAUACUAAAGAUUCUACUUCAAUAGUUGCAAAACUAUUUUCUGCAUUGUGGAUAUACUUAAAUAAUUCAGAGAAGCAUAUCUUCAGAGUACUACUUAAACUUAAACAUAGUACUAAAAGAUCUAUCAAAAUAUGUGAACCUAUAAUCAUGAAAAGUUUUAAGUGUUUGAAAAGAAAUCUGAAAGAAACAUGGACAGAUAUAGAAUAUGUCAGAUAUUUGCUUAUGUUAAAAAUCUGGAAAAGAUCAAAGGAAAAUGUUGAAGAAAUGAAAGAAGUGAAUAAGAUGGCUUUAACGAUCCUAGGUCCACAAUUACCAAAAAUGCGUGAUGACUUAUUAAAGAUUAUACCAAAACCUCCUAUAGGACAUGAGAACGAAACACUUUGGUUACUACAACCAAACGUAUUUGAUUUAAAAACAGCAUGCAGUAAUUUUUUAGCAUUUGAAGACUCAUUAUCUAUUCAGUUGAAGAAUUCUCCCUUAAUAAAAAAUUCUGAAUCUAAUAACUUUCAACGAUCGCAGAUUAUUUCAUCAUGCAAUAUAAAUGCUAUGCAGGAAUGUAACAUGAAUUUUGAAUUGAAUAAAAGUAAAACAAAUAAGUGUUUCCAAAAUAUUAUAGACUACAAUAAAUCUGUUGAUCAAACUUUUUCUAUGAAGAGAAGAAAUAAAUUCAAAAAAGUUAAAAAACCAUCAAAACUGAAAUCUGGAGAAAUUAUAUUAAUUGAUUUAACUGAAGAAAACGAAUCGUUUGAAUUAGAUGAAGACCAGAAGAAGAAAAAGAAAUGUAAAAGGAAAUUAGAGUGGUUAAAAAUGAUGAAGAAAAAAUAUAAUGUACAAAAGCCGAUUGUCGAGUUAAAAUAUAGGAAUGAGGUGGAAAUUGCAGAUGUCCACAGCACAGAGAAUUUUGAAAAGUCUGUGGUCAAAAACCACUUAGAAUAUUUACCAAUUUCAGACAAUAAAGUUAGUGAAAGUACAGAAAGCUAUACAUUAGAGAAACAAGAAUUGUUCCAAAAUGAUAUUCAUACGAGUUCUCAAUGCGCGCAUAAUUACAUUCAUAAUAAAAAAAAUAAAGAAUUAAAAUGCGCGUUUCAACAUAAUCAGUGUGAUAUCUGUACUUUACUGCUAAAACAGAAUGAUAUACAACAUAACAGGAUAUUAUCUUUACUAAAAUUUUUAAAUGCUGUAGGACAGAAUAUUAAAGAACCAAAAGCCAUAUUGAAUCUAUUUAGAGAAAAUAGAGAGCAAAAUAUGUCUUCUGAACAUACAUUUUUAUGUAAGAGUACUACAAAUGAAUCUACAGAGAUAAAUAUUCAGGAAGAAACAUUUUCUCAGCCAAACAGUUCCAUACAGUCAAACGAGUGCCAAGAUAGAAUUAUAAACACACAAUGCAUAAAACAAGAAUUACCAACAAGUACAGAUUGUAAUGUGACAAUAACCGAUGACCUUUACUAUCAAAAUGAGUCGGUUUGUGUACAAAAUGAUUGCCGUUCGCAUGACUUUAGAUCGUUGAGCGCUUGUUCGCAAAUUUCAGAAACUGUAAAACAGAAACUUUGUGAUAUUCACGAAUGCAUGUGUUCUAUGAAGAAAGUUGAAGUGAAACCUUUCAUCUGUCAUAAUUACAAUAUAGUUAAUACAGCGAAAAGCGAAAAUACACUGCAAGCUGUAGUCAAUGACAAUGUCGCUAACAAGAAAUCGUCAAUUUGUGAUAAAAAUAUCAUUUGCAUGCUAAGUGAUUUGGAUAAAUGUAUGGAUGUUCUGAAUCGUAUCAGUGAACAUAUUAUGACUGUACACGCGGAGAAACAACGAUUAGAAUGUUUAGACAAAGCUGAUGUAUGUGCCGUUUCAACUACAGUUACUAGGGAUCAGAGUGCAAAAUCGUCAAUGGGUUCAUCGCAAAAUACCAAUCUAAUGAGUUCGGAAAAAUUAAAUAAACUGCUAGAGUUGCAUGGAAUAAAAGAAAUGUUAAAUGUGUGUAAUUGUAAAGAUUCUCACAGGUGGGAUAAUCAAGGAACUAAUACAAUGUUAAGUGAACUGAAAUGUGAGUCAACAAGCUGUAAAAAUUGUACGGUUUCAAUGUCUCAACCAAAAGACACACAUUUUCGUGAAAAGAAUCAUUUUACCUUCUCUGGGAAUAAAUUGUCGGAUGAGUUUGUUUAUAGUCACAUAAAAUCUGAAUUUGAGCAGCUUGUGAAAGGAGAAAAUAUUGGAAUAUUUGAAACUAUAAUGGAUCAAUCGGAAAUAGUAAAUGAAUGUAAGUCUUCUGUAAUAGCAAAUAAUGAAACACUUGUCGGUGAAUAUUUUCCAUAUGAUAUAAAAACUGCUGAGUCUCUUAAUGAAAAUGUACACUCUGAAACUAUGUCACAAAGCCCGUUACAAAAAAAUGAUAUAACGAAAACACAAUCUGUGGAGGAAUUUGAAAGCAUUGAUAUUUUAGACAGUAUUCUAAAUGGUCAUAUAACUAUGGGAGAUAAACAAGAGAUUUUAGAAGAGUCACAAUCUUCGUUAAUGUCGCCUAUUAGCUACGAUAACUCGAAUAAUAUGAACUGCAUCACCGAAUUUUUUUUGCAAACUGAAGACACAUAUUCAAAAGACAAGGAAGAUAAAUAUACCAUGUCAGAUACAAAAUAUUCUGUAACACCAUUACCUGAAAAUAGUCUUGGAAUUACUGGAAUACUAAAUUCGCUACUGGACAUUGAAUUAACAAAUAUGAAUUCCCUACCAAACGAUUUUAUGUACUCUAACGUGCAAACAGUUAAUCCACGAUUAAUUAAAAAAAGCCCUAAAAAAGAAAACUUAUCUAAAAUCAUUAAUUCGCACUCUCAAGAAAUGAUUACAACUGAAAGAAGUAAUGAGGAAAAUAUGUUACCACAGAACAGAAAUGUAUCUUUUUCGGAUCAGUCAAUUACUUCGAUCGUUUCAGAUAAUAAAUCAUCUGAUCUAAAGGAAUCAUUCCCUAUAUGCAGUCUUUCUAGUCCUGUUGAUAAACUUAAUAUUGAUACUGUAUUUGAAAAAUGUUACAUUUAUCAGAAGGAGGAUGUUACUAAUCAAGUCCAACCUCUUGCCAAUACAUUAAAUACUGUUUUGCGUGAAACGUGUAUUUCCAAUGAUAUUCCAUCAAAUGUAUUAGCAAAUUCUGAAAGUCGACAAGAUGAGUUUUCAUCAUCGCAUAAGCAUGUUUGCGUGGAACUUGGAUCAAAUCCUCUUUUGAUAAAGGAACUCCCAGGAUGUGUAUCAUUGUCUUCCACUGAGUUAGUACCACCUAAUAAUGUCAUAGAUUCACUGUGUGAGGAUUUGGAAUAUGGACAUUUUUGGGAAAAAAGAAAUGUUCAAGAGAAUGUGCAACACAGCCGGAAAGAAAAACAAAAUCAUCUCCAAGAAAGGAUAAAAAAAGAGAAAAAAGAAGAAGAAGAAGAUGGAGUAGAAGAAGAAGAAGAAGAAGAAGAAGAAGAAGAAGAAGAAGAAGAAGAAGAAGAAGAAGUAGAAGAAGAAGAAGAAGAAGUAGAAGAAGAAGAAGAAGAAGAAGAAGAAGAAGAAGAAGAAGAUGAAGAAGAAGAAGAAGAAGAAGGAGAAGAAUUGAUUUUAUCUGUUGUUCAACCCAAUCAAGAUGAAUUGAACUUAAGAUGUUUGCAAUUUAAUGUUAUUAAUCCCAUGAGUCAUCAGGAUGUUCAAAGCACGCGCAAAGCGUCAUUAUCUCCAUUUAAAAAGUCGUAUCAUCAGAAAUCACCACAGGCUGUAUAUGCACCUAGAAACGUAUAUAAGCAAUUGAAAUUGAAAAUAAACAAUUGUGUAGGUAUUCAACAACCAAAGAACAUGUUAUCACGGAAAAAACAAAUCUUAUUAAAUUAUCAUGGGGACUCUACGAUAAACGCUAUCUUCAAGGAAGAUUCCAACCUGGAAGAUUUUCAAUGCACCAUGGAAGAUGACAACUGGGAAGAUUCAAUUAUAUUUAAAUGUAUGGAAAAACAGCAUCUACCAAGAAACAAAACUCAUUUCAAAUUCUCUAAAAAGGAUAUGAAAAUUGAUACAGACGUUACCGAAGUAAAUGUUCCAAGAGAUAAAUGUGUAACUGAAACUUCAAAUAAUAUUUUCAUUAAGUCUGGUAUUAAAUGGACAUUGCGAAAUAUAAAUGCACAAUCAUCGAGAUAUGUUAAAAACGAAAUAGUUGCAUUGGUAGAUGAAGAAACACCUUUGAAGAAGAAGAAAUUGACUUCUAAGUACUCCCCAAAUGUAGAAACAACUACUACUGUUUGUUCUGAAAGUCAAAAAGGAAUACAAAAAAAACAUUAUGCUGCUGUAAAGAAAGGUAAAUUUAUUUUGAUUGUGCCUACUUUUCUCUCUUUCAAAUGUAAAUUAGUAUUAUUCUAAAGUUUUUUAUUAUAUUAUAUUAUUUAAAUUCAAAAGUAUGAUUUACUUUUUUACGUAAACGAGAAGCUUCACGAGAAGCUUAAUAUAAUACAUACAAGCAAAUUAUCAAUAAUUUCAAAUAUCUCCAUAGAAGAUUAAUUAAGGCACAUCAUCAAAUAGAUCAUAUCACAUCAACUGGAAGAUACUAUUUCAUUAUUUUAAGUGCCUUAUAACUAUUUUAUACUUGCAGUUUAAGACUGAUAUUUAUAUUUAAAAAUUAUAAUGCUACUAACAUUCAAAUAAGUCAAAAAUUGGCAAUAUGGUAUUCAUUUAUAGAAAUGUUGGACUGUAAGUAAACAUCCUUUUAGUAGAUAUAUGCUUACCUCAAAGUUGUUAUUUGUAACUCCGUGCAAGACUUAAAAAUUAUCACAUGCAUAUGGUUGCAUAAUAUUAAAUCUAUUUACUUGCUAAAGUCCAUAGAAGUAUAUUAGUAUCAGAAGAUAAGAGUAUAGUCUGGAAAUGUCAAAGUUUAUUAUACAUUGUGAUUAUCCUAAUGUGCAAGUGUUAAAUAUCUCUGUAGACGACAUAAAACUCAUUCGUGCACCAACAUUACAUUAACAAUAUUAUUAAAAAUGAAAUGAGAAAUAAGUUUACAACUAAAAGUGCAAUUGUAAUAAAAAUGAAGAAUACACAUUAUUUUGUACAAUACAAAAAGAAAAAAAUGUUACGUAAAACGAUAAGUAACAAAUCUGAGGUAAACAAUUUGUCUGUCCUAUGACAUAGUGCGUCACUGUUCAAAAUGAUAUUCUGUAUGUAUUCAAUACAGUUUUGAGAGAAAUUAUAUUACUGUCCUGAAAAAUAUAUCUAAUCAGGUUUAAUAUAUACAAAUGGAAGGAAAAAUAUGAUACGUGAGUAAACUUGAAACAUGUACAAUGUUUCUAAAAUAAGGUUUAUGCACUUGUUAACGAGUGUUUUAACUUAUGAGUAAGUGUUUUAAAUGUAUUUGCGAAUAAAUAUGUAUAAAGUUUUCUGAACUUUAUACAAGUGAGAGUUACUGCAAAGGAAACAUUGUGUAAAUCUAUAUGCAGAUUUUUCAUUGUAAGAUGAAUUUUUAAUUUUCAAAGAUGUCAAGAAUUGUUACUAGUAUAGCGAUAUGUGUGAUAAACUUUUAAAUCUGUACUGCUUACAGAUAGUGACAUUUGUGCAAAAAGCCAUAUAUACUCCGAAUCUCUUAUGUACAAUACUGUUUUAUACGAUAAAUUCUGACUACAUAAACGAUUAUGAUAAUUACUUACAAUUUUAUAAUCAUGAAAUUUGAUUUCGUAUUUUUAUCGUGGUUACAAAAUAGGAUUUGCAGAAUUGUAAUGUAUCCAUUCCAUCUUUAUGAGUUCUACUAUUUCUAACAUAAAUUUGAUAUAAAAUCUGCAAUCAUGAUCAUGCUUUCAUUGCUGAUAUCGUGAUUAUGAAACUUAUUUUUCAAUUUCCAUAAACGUUCAUUGUGUAUAUUUAUAUAUAAAAUGAAUUUUAAAAGAGAGAAAUAUUUAUACUAAAUAUUACUUAUUCUAUUUCAUAUAUAUAUUACAAUUUAGUAUGUUUUAAUAUGUUUGAAAGUAUUAUUUUUUAUAGUCAUGAAUUAAAAUGUAGAUCAGAGAUUUUUGUAUAAACAUAUAAUUAAUAUUAAUUUAUUUGAAAUUUAGGAGCACAUAAUAAUAUGUGGGCUUGAUUAAAAUUGAAAAUGGAACUGUCUUUGCAGCUGUACUAUAAAUUAUACUUAAAAGUAUUAAUAUGUUCUUUGAUAAUGUAUUACUUCCAAAGAAUGUUUAAUGAACAGGUUAUUGCUCUUGCAAAAAUACUCUAUUUUCAGUGCAAAGUUAUUGUAAAUAAGCAUAACUACUUAAGAAGUUUAUUUUCUAGAGUACAAUUUUUGAACAGGAAGUAUAAUUACCUAGAUGCUAUAUACUUGAUUGUUUUAAAUGUUUCAAAUCCUUUUUAAAAUUAUCAUUUAAAAACUGUAUAUAGAUGUAAAUAACAGAAGUAAUGAUUUUGAAUAUAAAGUUUAUAAAUUGAACAUAAGGUUAAAAAUUAAAACACGUAAACGAUCUCGUCACAAUUUUCCUUAAUUAUAUUCUUACUCUUUAGUUAUAGUUGUUAUUUUGUCUGAUUAUUAAUAGAUUUCAAAUAGUGCAAAUUACAAGAAUAACUAAACAAAUUUUUAAGCAUCCGAAUUUUUUUUUGUAAUUUUAUACAGAAGGCUGUACUUUAUUAUUCAUAUUUAUUUUAGACUGAAUACAAUACAUAUUUUUAAAGAAUAAUGUAUGUUAAAACCAUUGCAAAAUAGUUUUUUAAAAUUAAUUUUAAUUGCAUGACAAAGCGGAGAAAGUGCAUUAAACUGCCAAGUAUUAUGCAAAUAGUCUGAGGGUUUAAGUUUUUAAUUAGUAUAUGAAAUAAUUACCAUUUGAUAAUGUUAACUUCAAGUAUUAUAUUUUAGGCUUUGCUCAAAAAGUAUUACUUAUUAUAUAUUCAGAAAAUACAAUAUUAUUUGUGAAAACACAGACAGUUUAGAAAUUAUUUUUAAAAUGAAAUAAAUUAUUAGAAUUUUAUGGAUAAUUAUUUAUAGAAAGGAGUAGUACUGUAUUGUUUGUUCAAAUUCACUUUAUAUGGUGAGAUUACAAAAAAUUAAAAAAUUUUAUCUGAUGACAUUGAAAAAGUAAUCUUUCAUUCUGUUUGAAAUAAUUACUAUUUUUACAGCGUACCUUAUAAACUCUUAACUUCAUUUUGUAAGUAAUGAGAAAAGAGUAAUAAUGACAAGAAAAGAAAAAAGUAUUAUGUUUUUGUGAAAUGUUAAUAGCUGAAACUAUGAAACUGUGCACUAAUUUUUCAAAAACAUAAAAGUAAAACAAAUAAUAUAGAAAAAUUUAUACUACUAAUGGAAUUGUUCUUCUGUUCUCUUAAACAGACAUUAUUCAAUCUUUUAAUCAUUUUUUUCGGCAAAUAUAUUUAUAGAAACAAUAAUUAUAAAAUAAAUAUUAUUUUCAGUUUAAUAAUCAAAUAUAAAAUAGUGCAUAAUUUCACACUGAUGCUAAAACUAAAAUAAUUUAAUUUUUAGCGCUUAAAAAAACGAUUAGUCGAACAUGUGUACCUUACGUUUGUAAAUACUAUUUAAGUGGACUAAAUACUGCUAUUUUUAAUUAUUAAUGGUAUUCAACUAAGAUUUCCGUAAUGUUGAUAAUUUCAUUAAUAAUUUUAACUUUGAUAGUACUGAACUACAUUCAUGUAACAUUCCACUCAAUUAACGUAUUACUUAUAAAUAUAAUUUAUUCAUAAACUUAAUUAUUGUAUGGAUUAAAGUAUAACUUAUUUAUUCAGUCUAUUAUUUUUUUACUAUGAUUGAGAAGUAACAAAGUGAUCUAGAUCGUGAAUGUUCUUUAAGAUUUAAUAUGUUGUCAAAAAUAGACAGUAUUAACUUGAAAUUGAACCAGGAAAAGGUUAUUCACCUAUAAUUCGUAUAGAAGCGUAUUAAACACUAUUUUGCAUUCUGGCAUCAGCGAACAAUGACAGAAGUAUAAUGAAAUGAAUAGUCAUUUGUAUUUUGUAGAAAACUAUAUUCUCGUUAAAGCAUUUAUGAACUGGAUUUAAAAAAGAUUGUAACAGUAUAAAAAUUGCUUGUUUAAAAAAAAACAUGCAUUAAAAAGUCAUUAGAUGUAAAUGUUGCAUAGAAUACGAUUUAUUUAUGUUGCACAAAGGAAAAUUUAUUUAUGAACCAUCACUUAUUUUAAGUGGAUAUAUAUAGAGUUUUGACAAGUACAUUGUACAAAAAUCUGUUUCUCUCUUGACGUAUUUUUUAAACAUUAUAUUACUAGGAAGUUGUAUGGUGAAAUAUUAUACAAAAAAUUUACAACACAUUUUAUCUCACAGAAAUAAUGUAUUAAUGUCUGAGCUUACUAUCACCAAAAAGAACUGUGUUAUAUUUCAUUAUUUUUAUGUUGUAUAUGCAAAUAGCAUCUUAAUUAACAAAAACAGACUUGAAUACUAAUAGUUCAUAAUUACGAUAAUGUAAGUUUCUUCGUUUGAAAGAAAAAACAACAGAAAAAUUUUUUAAAUAAUUAAAUACAGUAUUGCUUUAUCAUAAAAGUGUAUCUUUCAUAUAUGAAUUUUUUUAUUGUAUUACCUAAAAAUUAAUCAUUGAACAUUCCCGAGCUACUAUUUAUACAGAAAAGUACUAUAACUAAUAUAAUAUUAUUAAGGUAGUAUGUAAAAUAUAGAAAAACGGGUGUUUCAUAAAUUAUAAAACUAUCUCCGAAAGUAAGUUAACACUUUCAUUAAAUUGUUCUAAAAGAUUAAAACAAGCAAUUGAUUACAAUUUUAAUAUAAACAUGUAAAUGAGUUGGAGGAUGUUGAACAUAUAUUAUUGUAUAGAGCAGUAAAUAUAAGUCCGAAAUUUUCAAUGAUAAUAGACACCAUGUUUGAAACGCUGUUAACUUACUUUCUACUCAAAUUAUAUUCCCCUUUUCAUAAUGUUAUGCAUUCAUUAUAUGUACAAAUUGUUUAAAACGAUUUUGUGAUAAUAAAAAUUUCCAUACUGUAAUUAACCGAUAAUAUUCCGAAUGAAAUAAUGCAUUAGAGAAACUUUUAAUUCGGUCAAUUACUUAGUAAAAUAUCCGUAUAUGUAUAUUUAAGUUAUUGAACUCGUUUUACUAUAUCAAAUAUUUAUAGAAUUGUACAACCAAAGCGCUUAAAAAUGUAUGUUCAAGUAUAGUUAAGAAAUGGUACAGUUUGAAACAUAUUUUACCUGAAUCAAAUAACUUCGUAGCCAUUAAUUUUCCAAAGAUUGAGAUAUGUAAAUACGAAAUUAACAGCAUAAUAUGAGUUUAUAUACAAAUGAAGUAUGUGCCAUUAUAUUUAAAUAACCAUCUGUGAAAAAGAAGAAUGUAGAUACUACUACUCAUAUUACCAUUUUGUAUACAUUAAAUACCAGUCAAAAGGUUCAUAAUUUUACAUAAUCUUUAUAACUUCCAUAAAAUGCGAUGCUACAUUGGAUAACUCAUAAUAUAAAAUGAGACUGAACAAAAGAAUAAAAUUCUUCUUUUUAAAAAAACUGUAGCUGUAUAGUUUUUCUCUUUCCUCCAAUACAUUAAAUAUUGAACAUUUCAACUGACGUUUAAAAAUGUUCAAUUUGAUAAAAUUAUGUAGAAUCAUGCAAUAUUAUUUUAGAAUAUUGUUUACCUUUUCAAGUAUAUUUUAAGAAAAUAAUACCUUAUUACGUUAUUAGUGUCUUGUCUAUAAAUUGUUAUUAAGUUAUUUUAAUGUGCAUGAAUAUAAAUACAUUUACAGUUAUUAUACA